UUCACAAUACGAAAGUUUCUGGUGAUAUUUUCUCAUGAAAAUAGUGAACGAUUGGAGUCUUUGUGGGCCAAAGUGUGGCCGUGAGGAGGAAUGAAUGCCUCUUUCAAAUGUCAAUAAACCGCUUCUGCAGGAGCAGCAGAAAAAAGAAGGAAGUUCUCAUCACAAAAAACGCCGUCUAAGUGGGUCUCCCAGCACGAGCCCUGGCUCAAAUUUUCACAGUGAAAACAGUAAAAGACUCAAGGUUGACACAAUGACAGAUCCCCAUAGAAGGGCUAAUUUCUCGGCCCUUACUGGCCCUAGCAAUGGACUGAAUAGGAAUCUGUCCCCUCUUAACAAUAAGCCCACUCCAGCAAAAAAGCUUGUGAUAAAAAAUUUCAAAGAAAAGCCGAAAUUGCCUGACAACUAUGGUGAAGAAGCUUGGGCAAAGUUAAAGGAAACAGUGGAAGCCAUCCACAAUAGGGUGUCGAUAAAGUCGAGUUUAGAGGAGCUGUAUCAGGCUGUUGAGAAUAUGUGUUCACAUAAAAUGUCCGCCAAUCUCUACGACCAGUUGAAGGUCGUCUGUGAGAAACAUGUCAAGUCAAAUACGCACCAGUUUCUUGGUGAGACGGUCGACCAUGAGCAGUAUCUGAAGCUGCUAGCCACAUAUUGGAAAGAUCACUGUCGUCAAAUGUUGAUGAUUCGAAGUAUAUUCCUUGUCCUGGACCGGACAUAUGUUCUGCAGAACUCCUCCAUUGCAUCCCUCUGGGACAUGAGUUUAGAUUUGUUCCGAAUCCACAUCAUCAGUAACAAGGUGGUGCAGACGCGGGCUGUGGACGGCAUGCUGGUCCUGAUCGAGAGAGAGCGCAAUGGUGACAUGGUCGACAGACAAUUGCUGAAGAGUCUACUACGAAUGUUGUCAGAUUUGCAGAUCUACCAAGAAGCAUUUGAACAGAAGUUUCUGUUGGCCACAGACCGUCUUUAUGCCGCUGAGGGCCAGAGGCUUAUGCAAGAGAGAGAUGUGCCAGAAUACCUUGCACAUGUUGAUAAAAGAUUGAAUGAAGAGUCUGAGAGGUUGCUACACUACCUAGACCAGACUACCAAGAAACCCCUUAUAUCAUGUGUUGAGAAACAGUUACUGGAGCAACAUCUCUCAGCGUUGUUACAAAAAGGUCUCGAUCAACUCCUGGAUGAAAAUCGGAUAGAGGAUCUUUGCCUAAUGUAUCAGCUGUUCUCGCGUGUGAAAGAUGGUCUCAAAGAAUUGUGCACAGCAUUUGCUCAAUUCAUCAAGAAAACUGGUCGAAUGAUUGUGAUAAACCUUGAAAACAAUGUAGACAAGGACAGAGAUAUGGUGCAGUUGUUAUUAGAUUUCAAAGACAAAAUCGACAACAUUAUAUGCACGUGUUUUGCCAAGAACGACAAGUUUAAAAAUGCGGUGAAAGAGGCAUUUGAGCACUUCAUAAAUCAACGCCAGAAUAAACCUGCUGAGCUCAUCGCAAAAUAUGUCGAUUCCAAGUUACGGGCUGGCAAUAAGGAGGCAACCGAGGAAGAACUAGAAAAAUUAUUGGACAAAAUUAUGGUCUUGUUUAGAUUUAUACACGGUAAGGAUGUGUUCGAGGCGUUCUACAAGAAAGAUCUUGCCAAGCGGCUGCUGGUGGGGAAGAGUGCCUCGGUCGAUGCUGAAAAAUCUAUGCUGUCCAAGCUUAAGCAGGAAUGUGGUGGAGGCUUCACGAGUAAACUGGAAGGAAUGUUCAAGGACAUGGAGUUAUCAAAAGACAUUAUGCUUGCCUUCAAACAGUAUAUGAACAACCUACACGCGCCGGGUAGCAUCGAUCUGACAGUGAAUAUUCUCACGAUGGGAUACUGGCCAACGUACGUCCCCAUGGAGACUCACCUUCCGCAAGAAAUGGUGCAAUUCCAGGAAAUAUUUAAGAAAUUCUACCUUGGCAAACACAGCGGCCGGAAACUACAGUGGCAGUCGACACUAGGACAUUGUGUUUUGAAAGCGGUGUUUCCGGGCGGAAGAAGAGAAUUACAAGUGUCGCUCUUCCAGACUUUGUGCCUCUUAUUGUUCAAUGAUGGAGAUAAUUUUACAUUUGAGGAAAUUAAGACGGCUACAGCUAUCGAGGAUGGGGAGCUGAGGAGGACGCUGCAGUCAUUAGCCUGCGGCAAGGCAAGGGUGCUGGUCAAGGAACCUAAAAGCAAAGAUAUCGAAGAUUCGGACAAGUUCAUCUAUAACGACACUUUCAAACACAAACUUUUCCGCAUCAAAAUCAAUCAGAUACAAAUGAAAGAAACGCAAGAAGAACAACAGAACACGACCGAGCGCGUGUUCCAGGACCGACAGUACCAAGUUGAUGCCGCCAUCGUCAGGAUCAUGAAAACGCGAAAGACGCUGAGUCAUAAUCUCCUAAUUACUGAACUCUACAACCAGCUCAAGUUCCCUGUCAAGCCGUCUGAUUUAAAGAAGAGGAUCGAGAGUCUGAUCGAUCGAGAUUACAUGCAACGAGAUAAGGAGACACCGAAUCAGUAUCAUUACGUUGCAUGAGGGUGGCUGAAUGUAGUCAUCACCGAGGUAGCACCCUGUUUUGACUCCCACUCUCACUUCAAUCUUGAGGCUAAAUUAUAACCGCCUGGUGAAUUCUUCAAUUGUUGAACGUUUGAUAUUGAGUCAUCACCUGUAUUUGCACAAGAAUAACACCAAUUGGACUUCGUGAUUUCUUUCCUUAUGACUGGUCCCACCAGGAAUUCAAAAAGUUCUUGUGCAUGUACAGGUAGUUUAUCAAUAUGAAAGUAGGUUUGUCUCUUCAAAUUGAAUUGAAGAUGUCACUAGACCAAAUUCCAGAGGACUAAUCAACUAUACUCUCAAGGUUAAAGUCGGAGUUGGAGUGGUAAAAGUUGUGCGAUCUCUCAAAUAACCUAUCACACGUGGCUCAUCUUUGGUGUUUCUUGCACAUUCCCGUUAGCUCAGGGCAGCAAUAAGCCUUUCUAGGACUGCUUAGGGAAUAUCACUGUAGUUGCCCAACCGGGAGGAACCAGGGAUGAUUUCUGGUCAUUUAUACGCUUCUUAUUGUGAGCUGUGAACUGGGUAAUUUUUGGUGUCCACGGGAAAUAACACCGCAUUGGUGGGUCUUUUGGAAUUGAAAAGAUGAUAGCACGGAUGAUAGCGGCCGUGAAGGAACUUAUACAAUAUGUGCUGGUGUUAUAUUCAUGGAAGUGUGCCGAUAAAAGAUGCAUAGGUUAAAAAGCUAAAAAAAACCCGAAAUUUAAAACAAAAAAUUGUCCUGACACAGUGUACCAUGAUACACGAAAUAAUGCAGUGAUGCUGUAAAUGAUUGCAGCAACGAAAUAAAGUCACGAUUUCCAGAUAAGAAAAAUUGAUAGCCAGACUGAAAAUCAGGGCCAGGGGUACUAUGUAACACCGAAAAAUCCCAGCUGCAGGGAAAGGCUGAAGUGCCGAGUGUCAUAUAAUGAAUCCGGUUGACUUGUUUGGCUCUGUCUGACCCUUGACAGAGAACUUUGUUUUAGAUUUACCAAAUCUUUGCACAUCCAAAGGGUGUAAAAACUUAUAAGUACGCCUGUGGAUUGAUUUGAUAUACACCUGUACAUUAGAGCUAGAGUCGUUCUUUCCUUUUCCUAAAUCUCGGAGAUUAAUUCUUCUCCAAAUCGCUUUAUAUGUCUGUGUUUGCCAGUUACAAAAUCCUAAUGUACAUGUACAUAGAAUACAGUCAGUGAAUUCACUUUUGAAGGUCAUCACGAAGCAUAUUUUUUCAAGUGAGUGGUGGAAAAAAUGUUUUCCGCACUUGCUGGUACAGGCCUAAAAUGACAUCUGCAGAGAAAGGGGUUAUUUAUAGCACUGUUGAAAUAUUCCAUACAUGCUCUAAAGUGAUAUGAGAAUCAUCUGAUGAUUAUGUAAAAUUAUGGAUUCCGGUUUUUCAGUAAGUUAUUGAUUCAGUUAUUAAUUUUAGUUCACCCCAUGUUAUACACGAUUUUA